AUGGUAAUGAUGCGCUACGUGCUGUGUAUCCUCGCUCUCCUGCUCUCAUGUGCGUGUGUGCACGUCCUUGCUGAAGAAGUGCCUGCCGCCGAUCUUUCCGACCAAGUCCCUGAUACGGAGAGUGAGACAAAGAUUCUUCUUGAUCAGCCCUCUGAUGGUCAAGGUGAUAAUUGCCGUAAGGGUACUGGUACUCCUGUUGUAGGUAAACCUUGUGCAGAGGCUGCUGCUCCUGCUCUUGGUCCUGGUGGUGCUCAAGACCCUAACACCCACGGUCAUCAGAAUCAGUCUGAAGGUGGUCAUCAGCCGGGUGCUGGCGGUAGUGGCCUACCUUCUCAGGCGAGUGAUCCCCGUCGUGAAGCUGAAGUCAGUACUCCUCACCGAACUACUCCUCAACACGGGAGGGAGAAUGGGGAACGUGCUGCAGAGGAUGCUGCAGGGGGAGAAAUGGACUCUGCAGGAACGGGUCAAGGAAUUCAACAGCGGCAAGAGAGCAGUCAAGAUCCAAUACAAAGUAAAGAUGCAAAGUCUGUGGUGACACACAACUCAAAUAAAGAAGCUUCACCACAGCAACCUCAACAAACUGGUGAUACAUCCAAUGACAGUAGCGCAGUCAACACCAGUGCAGCAAGUGGAGAAGGUACAGGUACACAAUCAUCUCCUACUUCUGCAUCUUCUCAAACUGAUGGAACUGCGGAAGGUGGUAAUUCUGCAGAGACAUCAACGAAUAACUCAGCGAGUACGAACCCUGAAACUGACAAUACAUCCACUAAUGAGGAAUCAACCACCACCACCACAACAACAACAACCCUUCCUCCUGAACUCGCAAACAACAAGAAGGGUGAUGCAGACAGCAGCAGCAGUAUCAGCAGUUCUGUGUGGGUGCGUGUACCACUACUGAUUGUGGUUACACUGUCCUGUAUUCUUGUGUGCUGA